ACUCUUCUUCAGUUCUGUGAUUGCACUGGAGGUCUCGCGCAGCUGUGCAAAGAUGGAUAAGACUCGCGCGGACGCUUCUUCACCGCGAUUCUCCGAAAUCAUUGAGCUCAAUGUCGGAGGGCAAGUUUACGUUACGCGCCACUCAACUUUGCUCUCCGUGCCCAAUUCUUUACUUUGGACCAUGUUCAGUCAGAAGAAACCCGCGGAACUUACUACCGACAGCAAAGGACGCUUCUUUUUGGACAGGGACGGCUUUUUGUUCCGUUAUAUUUUGGAUUACUUGCGGGACCAGACUCUGGUUUUGCCUGAUUACUUCAAAGAGAAAGCGAGCCUCCUCAAAGAGGCAGAAUAUUUCCAACUUCAAGACCUGGCAAAGCGCCUGAAACCUGCGGUCAGUAAGGAGAACUCCAUCAGCGAGGAGGUUUGCCAGAGCGACCCGGAGGAGGCUGCGCUCGCCGGAACCAGCAUGACCUGCACCGGCCCCCGCUCACCGUCUUUGGACGCGAGGAAAACCGGCUUCAUAACCAUCGGGUACAGGGGCUCCUACACUAUAGGACGAGACCUUCAACAGGACGCCAAAUUCCGACGGGUGGCGAGAAUCACUGUGUGCGGCAAAACGUCUCUCGCCAAAGAAGUUUUCGGGGAGACGCUGAACGAGAGCAGAGACCCCGACAGACCCCCAGAGAGAUACACAUCUCGGUAUUACCUGAAGUAUAAUUUCCUGGAGCAAGCCUUUGACAGGCUGGCAGAGGUGGGCUUCCACAUGGUUGCGUGCAGCUCUACGGGCACCUGUGCGUACGCGAGUAACGACCCCAACGAGGACAAAAUCUGGACGAGUUACACCGAGUAUGUUUUUUGUAGGGAGUGAAGUACUGUAGUGGACUCACUUGGGAACUGUUAUUCAAACACAUUUCUCGAACACUCACAUUUCUAUUCGUUGCGCGCAACGAACGUGUAGUUGUGUGCCACAAUGUCAAUAUGUCAAGACGAAUUAGGGACCAUCAAUCGCUGCGAAAAAAAAAAAUAUGCAUAUUUUGUGUGUAAAAAUAAUUUAACUGCGGAUCAACUAAAUCUGCUGUCUGUUCUCAGAAGUUUUAGCAUUUAGUUGGAGAAAGCACAAAAUAUACUCUGAAUAAUCAAAUUAGUACCACCAAAGUUUUUAAUAUUAUGUGAGUUUAACAGUGAAUCACAUUCACACUUGUAUUAUUUUCUAUCAAUUUAUGUGGGAUUAUUGUUCAGCUUUUUAUUGAGUAGCCUGCAUCCAGAAUCUUAGCAAACAAAACAAAACUAAAUGUCGACCAGAAUAUUAAUUUAGCAACGUUUUCUAAAACAUUUACUCCCACCCGUCUGCUUUUCACUGAACCUUGAUGCAUCACAUUUGUUUUUGUUCGUGUGUAUUUGCACUAUGUGUUUUAUUUUUUUCUUAUACAACAUGUCUGUCAGCUUCACACACAUAAUAAACUAAUCAUGAAAGACA